AAUCAGGGCCAGGGAAUGCGGUGAGCCCUUUCCCUCGUAUAUAUUGACAUUAAAUCCGCCAUUCUUCUCGUUGAUCGGUGAACUAUUGUGCUGAUAAACUAUGCGCCGAUUCUGCCGAAAUAAUCGGCGUUCCUGACUUAUUCCAGCCUUCAUAGCCCGCAAAAAGGCGUCAUGUCGUUCGAUGUUGCCGUGGAAUCGGGAAAUGUUCCCGAGAAGUUACAUAACUGGGGACAAUUGAACGGCAAAGAUCUGACCGUGAGUGCCGACAGCUCAAAGGCGAAGUGUGAGGCGAGCGCAGCGGAGCAGCUGCCAGCGACAGGCAGCCAAGACAUCGGGACAAGGCCGUUAGGCUUGGUCGCUCCAUUCAACCGGAACAAUUUGCAUGCAAAGAGACGGCCCAGGCUUGGCCGUCAGAGAGUGAACACACAGCACAUGUCCAAGAGGAAGCGUUCCCGAGGCUAUGCUCAUGAUGGUCUGUCCAUGGCCAAUCUGCCUGCCAGCAUGUUUCAGCCCCGGCCCUACCUGCCGGUCAACACCCACCCUAUCAUGACCCAGGCGGACAUGGAGAGGGCCCUCAGCGCUGCAGGCCUGGCCUUGGUCAACAACACCCAGGCCAGCUUGGCCCGGCAACAGCUGCUGCAGUCACAGCAGCAGCGCCGGCUGCCCCUCCGCUGCUGCAGCUGCUCGUCCUGUGCCUGCAGCUGCCACGCCGAGCGCAAGGCCACAAGUGAUGCAGGCUCGCAGACCUGCGAGGAGGACCUGAGGCCCGGGGCUGAGCCGCGGCCACCCGCUGCCCCGGCAGCCCCCACGAGUCAGGAGCCCAGUUCCUGCCAGCUCCCCAUCGAUCUCAGCAUCAAGGUCCAAGUGGUUCCGCCGUCGGACAGGAAUACUCAGGGCGAAGGCACCGAUGGUCCUAUUGAACUGACUAAGGCCCCCAGGCACUCCAAUGGCAUGGCCGGGGGCCGUAAGGGGGUGUUGAAGUUCCACCAGAUGAUUUGUGACAUGCAAGAGGCCAACCAUGUGUACACCAAAGAUUACGAGUCGGAUGAUGCCGAUAUAAAGCCACUAUUACUUAACAAACUCACCGAGUCCUCACCCUUGCCUAACGGGCGAGGUUACCAUGGCAAAGGUAGCCCAUCCAAGAUGAAAUGUGAUGGAGUCAACCAGCUUGGCGGCAGCUUUGCCAAUGGCCGCCCGCUGCCAGUGCACAUUCGUCAGCUCAUCGUGGAGUUGUCCAAGAAGGGGGUACGGUCCUGUGACAUCUCGCGCCAACUCAAAGUCUCGCACGGCUGUGUCAGCAAGAUUCUCGUCCGGUACCAGGAGACGGGCUCCAUCCGGCCGGGGGUGAUCGGGGGAAGCAAGCCCAAAGUUGCCACGUCAAUGGUGGUGGACAAGAUCGCCGAGUACAAGCGGGACAACCCCACCAUUUUUGCCUGGGAGAUCCGCGACAAGCUGCUGCUAGAGGGCAUGUGCACCAAGGAGUCAGUGCCUAGCGUCAGCUCCAUCAACAGAAUCCUACGUAACAAGAUUGUUAAUGGGCAGGUGCGUCAUGAUCUGUCUCUCACUACCAAGAAUGGUGCUGACAAGAUGGUGAAUGACCCGGACCACAGCCCUAUGGCCUCGCCCACGGGGGGGAUGGCCUCACCCAUUGGCUCGCCCACGUUCCGGCCCAAUGUGCUGCCCCAGCACCAGCCGCCCGCCCUGACGAAGCAGCAGAUUGCCAGCAUGACGGAUGCCCAGCGGGAGCAGUAUGCCGCUUUCCUCCAGCUGGCCCAGUCUGCCCUGGCCUCCCAGGUCCCUGCCAAUUUCCUGCCCUUUCAGGGGCUGCCGGGGGCCGGAGGGGCCGCAGGCCCCCACCAGACCAUGAACAUGCUGACGGGACCCUUCGUCGUGCCCAGCUCUGCCCUGCCUGCGUCCUCCACCAGCCUGGCCAGCCUGCCCGCGUCAACCCUCGCCCCGCCGGGACUGAGCGUGGCCAACCCCGCCCCCGUCUCCCUUCAUGCACCCGCAGCCACCAGCUCUCCCUUGCCCAGCCUGGUCUCUGCCCUGCGGGGGGUCACGCCGGUUGUCACAGCUGCCACCCUGCCGCCUCCCACUUCCUCUCCGAGCGCAACCAUCAGUGCAGACUCCGUCUCCACGGCAGUGACGGAGAGCCUGAUGCCGGCCACGUCCAUGCAUUCUGCAGACAGUCUGAUUGCCACGGCCGCGGCCGCUGCGGCCAUACCCCAAGACGAGACAGCCACCGACCCUCCCAAAGUGAAGGAAGAAGAAGUUGCCACAACACUGACCCAACUCAGCUCCCCUGUAGCUGCCAUGAAGUCGCCUAUGCCCAUUCUGUCCCAUUCCGCCCCGAUGAGCCAAGCUCAGCCCAUGCCCUACAUCCACGUUGCAGGUCCCCCGGGCGGGGGUGGCACUGCCAACCUGGCCUCCUUGGUGGGAUACAGCGGGGGCGGGGUUCUGGUGAAGGACGAAGCCACGCAGAGGAUUUUCCGCCUGCCGUUUGACAGUGGAAACUUGAGUAGUGAGACCAGCAAUUAUUACCAGCAGCAACUAAUAAAUAUGGCCAGCGAAUCGACACAGUUGAACAUAUCAUCUCCUCCAACACUCACACCCGUCUCACUCAUGUCAACAAUCAAGCAGGAGAACACGGGGACACCAAGUAGGCCCGCCCAGCACCUCAUAAGGACAGAACAAAAAUCUCCAAAAGAAGCUGCCAGUGCCAUCCACCCCGUAGAUGAUGGCACGUCCUCGGAGAGUGCAGUCUUAACUGAGCUGAAGCCAGCCUCAGUACUCGGACUACAGAUGCCAGUGUCUUCGUCAAACUCUAUCAUCAAGCCAGAUCCCAGUUCAGCAUAUACACAAGUAGGCCUGUCAACCCUGGCAGAUGUGGCCCAAAGGAGCCAAUCAGCUUUCUCGACCAGCCAAGUGCAGCCCAAUCGGUCAAAGGCUGCCGGCAUCAGCAUGUGAUUUGCUCUCGAACCCCAGCGAGGCAAAUCCACCUGAGUUUCUUGUUUCUCAGAUUGGAGGGUUGAUCGUGACGGCAUCGUUAUUGAGUGCCUUCCAUGUCUCAAGUUUUUCAGCAUCCAGAAAUGAAAUCUUACGUUGGAAAGAACUUCUUUGGACACGUACAAAUGCAGCAUAGUUUGGGGGUGAAUGAACUGGAUCUUACUUGCAUGAGGCUUUCAAAUUUGUUACACUGACAUUCUAAGAUGCAGCUGGAAGCAUGAAUCAGCUUUUAGUAUCGCUGCAACGUACCUGUUUUGUCAAAAUAGAUACGUUGCCAUUUCAUGUGAUUUAGGAACUGGACAGCAACAUGCUGUAUCUCUUUUAGUGUGUCCAUUUGUAUCAAUACCAAGCUGACACAGCAGCUGACCCCUUUUAUGCUGCCAAGCUUCUGCGAUUUUUUUUGGGGGGGUGGUGGAAACUCGGGGGACGGGGCAAUAUCCCCACCUUUCGCAGGUCCUACAAUAUGAUGGGGCUUAAUGGAUCAGUGUAUUAAUAGCUGAUGCCUGAUGGUCUCAUAGCUGCCUACCCCCCUCCGUGGCCGUUGCUUGGAAAAUGAUUAGUUUGAGCUUUGACGCUUGUACCCUUGGGCACAUUAGACGAACAGACAUACACAUCUACAGAUGGUGGAAAUUAACCGUCUAUUUUGUACAUGUUAGCCAAAAGUGGAACUGAUUUUGAGAACUGUUUCCGUGAAACUAGGAUGCAGUCAUGCAUACUCACUGUACUGAAAUCACAAAUGCUUUCUGCAGUCACUAAUCUGAUAUUAAACAUGCAUGAGAGUAUGUGCUGUACUGGUUGCCAUGACAAUGCAAGGCAUCACAAGGCCCAACUCAUUCACGGUAAGCAACACGCUCUUACUGCUAUGCAUGCAUGUCAAAAUGAAUAUUCAUGCAUUCUAGGUUCUGUAAGCAUUUGUUCCAAUGUGUGCUUGCCCCAAUGUUUUCAGAAGUGUUGAUCUUGAACGUGAAAACACUCUGGAUCUGCAUGCAGUAUUUUGCGAGUGACUGUGGUUGUUUAUCCAUAUCUCCUUUUGUGACUGUAAACAUAACAGUGUGAUUCAUUAUGUUAAAUUUGUACAGAUGAGAAUUUGAAGAGUCGGUAUGACUCGAAAAUCGCGUCCAUAUAUGAAACAAUUUGACCAGUUAGCAAAGUGGGUAUUUAUGUGUCUCUAUAGCAACACUGCUCCGUUUUUUGUCAGUUUCAAAAUCUGUACAUAAAAUGUAUUUAGUUGUAGAAAAAAUUCCAAAGGCAUACUAUACCAGCAGAGUUGUAUUUUUGUGUUCAUGUUAAAUACCUUUUUGUUUUAGACGUACUUCAAAACUGAGUUAGCUUGCUGUCAUAGGUAUUAUGGGUACUGAAAGCGUGCAGAUUGUGUGGUAAUGUUUAUUUUGCCGAGUUAUAAAACCUCCAAGGUGUAAGCCUGUUGAUUCUAUUCAUUAGUCGUAAUUCUAAAUUUAUAGCAGGAAAGAUUGUUACGUGUUUCUUCAGGGCUGCAUUAACGACGGAUUGCACCCACAUGAUUUCAAACCCUCAUUUACACAAAUGCUUCAUCGGUCAACCGGAGAACGGAUCAAAUCAGCGACCAUGCGUAACGUGUCACAGAGUACCCAAUGCCAUUAGUAAUUGUGGACACAUUGAUUAAGAACGGUGAAGCCUUUCUGCGGGAAAAGUCCAACAAAACAAUUACCAUGAAUUUUGCUUCUGGAUGUUCAUAUUUCUGUAAUCCAUUGUGUUUAUCCAAAUGUCAAGUGACAACCAGAUGUGUCACGGUCUUUAUUCCUGCUCUGUAAUGAGUUACAGGAUGACAGAUUGCAUAAGAGUAAUCUCGUGAGUCCGGUGUAAAAUUUCAAGCGGUUGAAAUGGUUUGGGCUCGCGAGCAGCCAAGGCAACAUUUAUUAAUGUGUUUUCUCACUCAACAUUAUAAAUGUGUACAUUAAGUAGCAGGGUAGCGGUAUUAUUUUUAUCUUCAUUUUAAAUUUUUUAUUGCCUGUUAAUUAUGUUUGUGUACACAAAGAUGUUUCCACAUCAAAGUAACUUCAGCAUUACCCGCUGGUGUUCUCCGAACAGGCGAAGGUUUUUUUACAUGCGUAAUGACAACAGUUCAUGGUGAACAGGGUGCAGUAAGGUCUUCACCAGUUCUUCUUUUCACCUGGGUGCAUUUUAUAUUUAACUGUAAACGAAAAUUAUUUCAAAGCGUUCGUAGAUUUGAUCAUUUUAUCAUCCAUGUAUCAUUGAACUUUCACGUGAGAUCUUGUCUAAGCCAUUUUGCCCUUUCCUGUAUGAAUUGCUGCUGACGAGUUGAUUCACAGAAAAUCAAAGGAAACCAGAGCCAAAGAUAUUUGAACAGAUUUUCAAACAAGUCUUGUUCCUGGUGUGCACAAUCAUCUCCCACAGUUCCUUUGAAUACAGCCAGUAAGCACCACUGGACUAAAGUUUGCCGAUGAAAAUUUCCAAAUCAAUAAAUUCUUGACUGAAAAAUAAUAUUUUUUAAAGUUUAAGUGAACUGUUGUAGGUGAAAACAUUAGGCCGUUUGUUUGAAAUUGAAGAGAAUAUAGAAUCGUGUACAAGUGUGAAAAAUGUCCAGUAUUUUGUGGUCUGUACAAAGUAAAAGAUUUUUUAAUUUGAAAAAAACAGUUUCUCAUGAAGUAUCUAUGUUGCAUGACAGAUGUUUCUGCUUGGGAAAAUAGGGCAUUAUUUCAAUUGGCAAACCUGCUGAUAAUCAGUGUCAUUUGGUUGACAGUUGUGAAUGGUUGGAAAAAAAUUACUAAUUUCCUCUAGUUGAUUCUUAGAAAUGUAGCAAAUCUUAGAAAACUCAAGUUUUCUUUGUCUUUUUUAAAACAAGUUCAUGUUAUUUUGGUGUAGUUACAAAUAGGACAUUUACAGAAGUAUAACGAACAAAAUGUAUACAGAGUUUAACAAUUGUAACAUUUAUUUUGGGUGUUUUUGUAUGUAUAUAAUAAAUUUCCAGUGGGGUACAAGAAGUAGCUACCGGGUUCUCUUGUGCCCUGUCAUUGAAAUUAA